UGUACAUCUGCAGCAUCGGCUUCAAGAACGCUCCACCUCAAGAAACACGAGCUCUUCGUUCAUUCGACUGAAACAAAAGAGAAAUGUAAAAUUUGCGGCAAGAGAUUUAAAGACUCAACAGCCGUAAGAGCACACGAGAGAACCCACUCGGACCUGAGACCUUACGUCUGUCUGCGCUGCAACAAAGCUUUCAAAACGAGCGAAUGUCUAUGGCACCACGAGAACAGGAGCAAGGCGUGCGACUCAAACACUUUCAAAUGUUCCGACUGUGAAUUGCAAUUCGAACAGAAAUUUCAUCUGAGGCGACAUUACCUUUACAAGCACACGAACCAAUAUCCAUUCGCUUGCCAAUCCUGCGACAGACAAUUCAAAGACAUCCUCUCCUUCGAAUCCCAUAAACUUUUUCAUACAUCCGGAAGCGGAUACCUCUGUAAAACAUGCGGCAACAUUUUU